UGCCUCCUUACUUUGAACCACGACCACCUCAUCGAUUUCGAACAUCCUUCCGUUGUGUAGCACGAUGGCCAAGGGUCGCAAAGCCGCUCAAGGCAAGAACAAGCCUACCGUUUCCAUUCCCAAGAGGAGCCAGGCUUCACCAUCGGAAACCCCGUUGUCGAAUAGCCCCGUCACUCCGAUAACACCCAAGACGCCCGCCGACGAAGGCAUAGAAUUCUUCCAGGCUGAUGCUGUCCCCGGAGAAUCGCCUAUACAUGUUUACGAAUUACGACUUGAUGUGGAUGGCGGGCCCUACAAGGACAGCUCGUACAUUCGUCUCCCCUCUGCUUAUUCCCCGUACAUUUUACGCGUCUCCAUGAAUGCCGGAACCCCCGCAGCAAGGAACGGCGUAUUCAAGACCAACUUUCCUCUAGACGGCGGCCAAUUCAAUCGCGACCAUUUUUGCGAGCGGAAGCUUCCUUCGGACUUUUCAAAACCUAUCCAAGUCGAUUUACCCAUUUCUCACGCCGGAGCAUUCGUCUUCUGGGUGGAGUAUGAUGGCGGAAAUGCUGGAGAGCGUAUCAAGGGCAGAGAAGGCUAUUUCAACAUCGAUCCAGUUUUGCGCAUCAAAUCACGCUCGCCUAUCCUUGCUUCUGACCUCACACCUUUGCCUGCCGGCUCGGGGGCCUCUGUCCAAAAUGAAAUGGUCAACUUGCCUUUAGACGGAUUGUCCAUCCUUACCGUCGUAUCCAAAUGGAUGGGCCCCAUGUCUGACUGGCCAAAGCAUUUCCAAGAGGCUCAAGAGCGGGGGUACACGAUGUUACAUUACACACCUUUACAAGAACGAGGUGAAAGUGACAGUCCUUACUCAAUUCGCGAGCAGCUCAAGUACGAUCCUGCCAUGUUUGGGGAAAAACGUGGUACCGACGGUGGAAAGGCACAAGUGGAAACUAUUCUGAAGAUGGCACGAGAGCAGUAUGGUCUCCUGAGCUUGACGGAUGUAGUGUUGAACCAUACUGCUAACGACAGUCCUUGGCUGGCUGAUCAUCCCGAAGCAGGUUUCAGCCCGGCAAACUCACCUCACUUGACGCCUGCUUUAGAACUUGACACUGCAAUGAUCGAAUUUUCGGGCGCUCUGCAGUCGAAAGGUCUUCCUACUCAAGUCAAGUCUGCUCAAGAUGUGGAUACUCUUAUGAGAGAGUUCGAAGAUGUCGUCAGAAACCUGAAUUUCUGGCAGUACUAUGUCCUUGACCCGAAACGCGAACGGGAUUCCGUCAAGUCAGCUUUUGACUCUAAGCAAAUCAUCCCAUGGUCUGGAGCGAACGUUGGAGGGAAAUCGGUUGUCGUGCUGGCGGAGAUUCUUCGUUCUGAGGACAAGAUCGUUGGUUUGGGAAAACUGGCUUCACGAUUUGGUGUCCACGUCGAGCCCGGUGUUGCGGCCGGUUUCGUGAAGGCAGCUUUCAGUGACGUUCAUGAUAUCAGCGCUCUUUCUGACGCUUGGGUUCGUAUUGUGGACGUUAUUAAUGUGCCCUUGUACGAGGAAUGGGAGGAUGAUACUCGGGUAGCUUUGUCCAGUGUCAAGAACAGACUAAAGUACACACGACUGGAUGAGCAUGGGCCUCGAUUGGGCGAGAUCUCCAAAACGUCGCCGCUUGUUGAACCCUAUUUUACUCGUCUUGCCAAGUCUGACACAGAUCCUCGCGUGUACUCUUUGGCCAACAACGGUUGGAUAUGGGCUGCAGAUCCUUUACAGAAUUUUGCUCUUCUUCCCUCUAAGGCGUAUCUCCGCCGGGAAGUCAUCGUCUGGGGUGAUUGUGUUAAACUGCGCUAUGGUAACGGGCCAGACGAUAAUCCAUGGCUUUGGUCCCAUAUGACUCAAUAUGUUACUUCUUUGGCGAAGACAUUCGACGGUUUCCGCAUUGAUAACUGUCAUUCUACUCCUCUUCACGUUGGUGUCUGGAUGUUGGAUGCGGCUCGUGUCGUUAAUCCAAAUCUCUACGUCUGCGCUGAGCUUUUUACCGGCAACGAAGAGAUGGACCUCUUAUUUGUGAAACGUUUGGGCGUCAACAGCUUGAUCAGAGAAAGCGGAAAUGGCUGGGAUCCAAAGGAAUAUUCUAGAUUGUUAUAUAGACAUGGCGUCGGAAAGCCAGUCGGUUCUAUGGAUGGCGCAUGUCUGACGAGCUUGGAAGAGAUUGCAUCGCCCACCGGCAAAGGACCUGUUCGAAAGGCUGUUGUGAGACCGUUGAAUGGUUCCAUGCCACACGCUUUGCUGUACGACCUCACACACGAUAACGAGUCGUACAUGGACAAGCGCUCCGCAGAAGAUGCUUUGUCGACUGGAGCUCUUUCCACGUUUAGCUAUUCAGCAAUAGGAUCCGUCAAAGGGUUUGAUGACCUGUAUCCGAAGUUGUUGAAUCUAGUCGGUGAGACGAGGAAAUACGAGAUCACAGGACUCGGAGAAGGCAGUGGUAUCGCCAAAGUCAAACGGGUUCUCAAUUCUCUUCAUCUUGAAAUGGUCUUGGGAGGUUACGAAGAAGGUCAUGUACAUCAGGAAGGAGACGUAAGCCUUCGUCUUCCCAUAUACCAUGACAUAUUGAGAGCUUUUGUGCAGUACAUUGUUCUUUCGCGUGUCCAACCUGGAACUCAAAAAGGAUAUCUCCUCGUCGCUCAUACGGCCUUCCAUAAAGGGUCAAAGGACCGAGGCCAUAUAUCACCUAUCAAACUGCGAAGAACGAAAGUCAACUUUGUUUUAGGUGCCAGUGUUGACAUUCAGUCGUAUGAAAUUCCCAGCGAUCCUACGACCCUCAAAGGAUUACCUGCUAAGAUCGUCGAGAUGCCUCCUGUGGAUGUUUCCGAAGGCCAUGACCACGAAGGUCCAUAUUCUGAGAUCACCGUUCCUGAAUACUUCCCGCCAGGUAGUGUCAUGCUGUUUAGGACGUAUCUGAAAGAACACGACGCAUCUUUGGAUGCAUUCUGUGCCUCUGGUGCGCAGGAAGUGUUUGGCGCACUCGAUCUCGUUGAAUUGAACGUUGUCUUGCACCGUGCGGAUGGAGAAGAACGCGAUGCGACCGGCGGAGAGUUUGGUGCAUACGAGGUACCAGGGCUGGGAAAGUUGGUAUAUUGUGGCCUUGAAGGCUGGAUGCACCCCCUGAGGCAUAUUAUGCGAUACAACGAUCUCGGUCAUCCAUUAUGCGGCCAUUUGAGAGAUGGAUCGUGGGCUUUAGAUUAUGUUCAUGCUCGUUUGUUCAAACAAGCUGACAAAAUGCCUAAAAUCAAAAAAGCAGCCGAAUGGUUCCGUGAAAGGUCUGAACGUGUCAAGGCCACUGUCCCUCCUUUCUUACGCCCGAAAUAUUUCGCGCUCGUCGUUUCGGAGGCGUACAAAGCUUCACGGCGGUCUGUGGUUGAACAAUGCUCCGAGUUCAUUUCGAACGGACAUGAUUUCACCCAAGACCUGGCGUUGUGUGCAGUUCAAAUGUACGGCAUCGUACAAUCUGCGUCUCUCGAUCCUGGAGUUGUCACUCCGUCGUUAGCAGCAGGCCUUCCUCAUUUCGCAGCAGGUUGGGCGAGAUGCUGGGGUCGUGACGUUUUCAUAUCACUCCGAGGUUUGUUCCUGACGACCGGAAACUAUGAUGCCGCCAGAACGCAUAUUCUGGCGUUCGCUUCAACACUGAAACACGGUUUGAUACCAAAUCUCUUAGAUUCGCUUCGCAGCCCUAGAUACAAUUCCCGAGAUUCGCCAUGGUGGAUGCUUCAAAACAUUCAAGAUUAUGUUACCAGUGCUCCAGAUGGACUGUCUCUUCUCUCUGAGAAGGUCAAACGUCGGUUCCCGAAGGACGACACCUGGGUACCUUGGGACGAUGCGCGCGCAUACGCCUACUCGACUACGAUUGCCGAGACCAUACAAGAAAUUCUCCAGCGGCACGCGGAUGGCAUUCACUUCAGAGAGUACAACGCAGGUCCUAACCUCGACAUGCAAAUGAGAGACGAAGGAUUCAAUAUUGACAUUAAGGUCGAUUGGAGUACGGGAAUGAUCUUUGGAGGAAAUCGUUACAACUGUGGGACGUGGAUGGAUAAGAUGGGGGAGUCCGUUAAGGCUGGAACCAAGGGUAUCCCAGGGACUCCCAGAGACGGUGCGCCUGUCGAAAUCACCGGGCUCCUAAAGAGCGCACUUCGUUGGUUGGAUCAACUAUACAAAACAGGGAAAUUCCCUUUUGAAGGUGUUCGUGCAACUAUCGACGGCAAGGAGCGUCUAGUCACAUACAAGCAAUGGUCAGAUCUCAUUCAAUCAUCAUUCGAAAAAUGCUAUUACGUUCCUCUCGAUCCAUGCGCUGAUACCGAGUACAACGUCACAUCUAAACUGGUAAACCGGCGAGGUAUAUAUAAGGACGUGUAUGGAUCUGGAGCCGGCAGGGAGUGGUCCGACUAUCAACUGAGGCCUAACUUUCCUAUUGCUAUGGUGGUUGCUCCUGAGUUAUUCGAUGCUCAGCAUGCUCUAGACGCGCUAAAAAUUGCCGAGGAAGUUCUUCGGGCACCGCUCGGUAUGAAGACUUUGGAUCCGAAUGACUUUCAAUACCGGCCAGUCUACGACAACUCGAACGAUUCGAAUGACGCGUCCAUCGCAAAGGGACUGAAUUAUCACAAUGGACCUGAAUGGGGAUGGCCUCUUGGUUUCUUUUUGAGAGCGUAUCUUGAUUUCGACGGCCGUAUCGGAGAGGGCAAAACGGAUAUUAAGCGUACUCUACAUCAUUUGCAUCAAAUUCUGUUGACGCCACGUCAACACAUCCGCAGCGAUCCUUGGGCGGGGAUACCUGAGCUAACGAACAAGGACGGACAAUACUGCCACGAUUCUUGCAAUACCCAAGCAUGGAGCGCAAGCACUUUGUUAGACUUUUUAGAGGAUGUGCAUAACUUGGGGGCAAAGUAGACGCGACGACCUGAACUUUUCUUUUCCAUUUG